ACUUUCCAUGUUAAACAGCAAUCUAAAUUACACAAAUCAAUUAAAGAUCAAUCAAUGGUAACAAAAUCUUCCAAAAAUAUCUUUGUCAGAGAAAUUCAGAAAUAAUACUUAAGAAAAAUUAAGGUAAACUCUUAAGAAAAUUACUUGAUCAUUUUAGAGCAGAUAUUGCAAAUCAUUUGAAUGAUUUCCCCGUUUACUUAGACUCAUAUUUUCCAUUUUUAUUUUUCUUCCAAAAAAGCAUAACAUCUCCUUAUAUAGAGUUGAACCAAAAGUAGGGCUUUUUAAUUGUUCUUCAUCCUUUUUAUUUUAUUUUUCUUGUUUAAAAAAUGGCUUCUUUUCAAUGGUUUUUCUGGACAAUUCUUAGUCUUUUCUUCUUCAAGUGUUUGGCUGAACAAGAAAAUUCAAGAAUUCAUAGAGGUUAUUUUGGGAAAAAACAAGUGACAAAUUUACCAACAGUGUAUGUUGAUCCAUCUGGCCAUGGCAACUUCACUACUAUUCAAUCAGCCAUUGAUUCUGUUCCUCAAGAUAACAAGAAUUGGAUAUGUAUUUACAUCAAAGCUGGAGCAUAUAGGGAACAAGUGAGAAUCCCUAGAGAGAAGCCAUAUAUCUAUCUCAAAGGAGAAGGAAAAAGAAAAACAAAUGUGACAUGGGAUGGUCAUGACUCUAUUGCUGCUGAUGCUACUUUAAUCUCUGAGGCUGAUUAUACAGUUGUUAAGAGCAUAACCUUUAUCAAUUCUUAUAACAUUCCUCCAAAUGGCAAUGUUAUGAUGCAAGCAGCAGUGGCAGCUAUGAUUUCUGGAGAUAAAUCAACAUUUUAUAGAUGUGGAUUUCUAGGAUUGCAAGAUACACUGUGGGAUGUACAAGGAAGGCAUUAUUUCAAGCUUUGCACGAUUGUUGGAGCUGUUGAUUUCAUCUUUGGUAAUGGUCAAUCUAUUUAUGAGAGAUGUAGCAUAGCAGUAAAUGCAGGAGCAGUAAAUGGAUUAAUAGGGUUUAUUACAGCCCAAGGAAGAACAGACCCUAAUGAUCAAAGUGGUUUUGUUUUCAAAGAUUGUGGAGUGUUUGGAACUGGACUUACUUUCUUGGGCAGACCGUGGAGGCAAUAUGCUAGGGUCCUUUUCUAUAACUCUUCCAUGUCAGACGUCGUCGUUCAACAAGGUUGGGCUGCUUGGAAUUUUAUUGGUCGAGAGCAUCAAUUGACAUUUUCUGAGGAAAAUUGCAAAGGGAUUGGAUCAAUCGCUACACAAAGAGUGUCAUGGGCAGCCAAGUUGAGCCAACAAGAAUUACAACAGUUAACAAGCCUCUCAUUCAUUGAUAAUGAGGGCUGGAUUAUGAACCAACCCGUCAAAGUACUAUAGUUAAUUAGCUUAAUCAAAUUAAUUAUGGCACUUAAUUAGUAUUUUAUAUCAGGUGAAUGAAAUUGAUCCACGUUCAUGUGUCAACAUAGUUUGCAUUCCUCUAUAUUGUAACAAAAUUGCUGUAGAGACUUUGAAUCCUAAUUCACCCAAGUUUGGAUUUUAAAUGUUUUUUUUUUUUUUUUUUAAUGUUUACUUGUAAAAGUUAGAUGUA